CGGGCACAGACUUUCCUUUUUUAUUUGUCACUCAGACAAGCUGAAGAAACCUGUCUACAGUGAUUCUAUCUGGUGGAAAUAAAAGAUAUAAUAACUACAUCCAACGUGACGAGUUCAUCAGAAACUAUAAUGAUGGCAGAUCAUGGUAAGCCUUGCACUGAAUCAGAUGCAUCCUAUUGCAUGAAUGGAGGAAAAUGCUUCAAAAUAGAGAUGCAGAAAAAUGCAGAGAACCCUAUGUCCAUGCUCACUUGUGUAUGCAAUAACAACUAUGUAGGUAGCAGGUGUGAGCAGUUUCAACUGGAGAUCAUGUCAGACAACAGUCAUGAGACAGGCAUGAUCGCUGCAAUAGUCAUCCUCCUCAUCCUCAUCCUGCUGGUGCUGGCUGUUGUCAUCUACUGCAUCUGCAAAGUGCGAAGGAAAGCACCAAUAGGUAAAAAGGACGUAUCAAAAUCCCCGAAUGGAGCAAUAUGACUGAAUGCAAUGAAUGAUAUAAAUCGACAUCAAAGGCAUUGUGUUUUUUAAUACUUUCUUUAUAUUUAAAUGAACACAUGUAAAUAGUUAUUUUCCAAUACAUUUUUUCCCAAAAAGAAUUUGUGUCAAAUGAACUUUAUAUUCCAGAUUAGGAAAAUGUUAGAAUAAUGUAAUAUAUUUAAAAAAUAAUGUUAUUAUUCUUGUCGGUUUGAACCUACUGGCAAUAUAAAACUCUGUGGAAAAUGUCUUCUUCAACAAAUUCUUCAAAUUUACGCACAUAUAGGCAAAAAUAAAAAAGGUUCAUUCUUAUACAGAC